AUGGCCAAGAAGAAAGCACCAAUGGAGAUUAGCGUUAAGAUGGACAAGAAAAUCUGGCACACAUACGUAGUUAACAUUGGUGAAGAAUUCAUGAUAAACACCACAUGGGUUGUUCAAGAUGAGGAUCAUCUCAGUUUCUGUAUAGGCGAGAUACGAGAAAUAUAUGGCAAGAAAACGAAUCUUGUUGUUGGCCUGUGUGCUGAUACCAGCCACUGCUAUGGAGGAGGUCUCUACAACUACACAGGGAAGGCGAAAGAUGAUCCAUUUCAAUUGUUGCAGCUAUGCGUUGGGAGUCACUGCAUUCUCUAUAACCUUGAUGAUGUUAAUUAUUCCAGACACGGUUUCAUGAACAAUAUCAAGCACAAAGUUCUGAAGGGCUUUCUUUAUGAUAAAUACACCACUGUGGUUGGUGUUGGGAUCAAAGAGGUGGCAGAGAAGCUCGAAAGAGAGACGGGUGUGAUCAUAAAGAAUCCGGUGGAGCUUCGAAAACUGGCUGAAGCGGAAAAGAGUUUGAAGGGAAACAAUGUCAGUGGGUCCAACUUAGCAGAUUUAGCCAAACUGGUAUUGAGUGAACACAUGCAUUUUGUAAAGCCAAAGAAGACGACAUGGUGGAGCGAUAAAGAUGAUGCGUAUGGGGAUCCUCUACUUUCAAAGGAUCUAAUUAUGUAUGCUACUGUUGAAGCUUUCCUUGCCUAUGAGAUUGGAUCCAAGUUGUUGAGAUGUUCCUAUAGGUAG